UUCACUGCUGUGAUUGUAAAGUUCGAAGAAUAGCAUCACAAUCGGGUAUAAUCUUCUUACUUGUGCAAGAUACAGUUUUAGUGAUAGGACAUUUAUACAAUACUCAACAACAAUGCUAACAAGUGGUGUAUUUUUACUAUAAGGAGUCUUGUUUCUUUUUUUUUUGUUCUUAAUUUUAAUACUGGAGAUGAUCUUCUUCAACACGAGUAAUAUGUGUCAACAAGUUAAUAUUCUCUACAUAGGCCGUCGACUCUGAUUUCAGCCUGCUUUUCUUUCUAGAUUUGUUUUCUUUUUUCAGAAAAACAACAACAAAAACUACAAGGUAGCAGUUGUUUAAUUUUGGAGUUUUGUAUAAGUAUUAACUGCGUUAAUCGUAUUAUGCCAAUAAUGGAAACGCAAGUGACGGAUCCUGGUUCAAGACUUUACAUCAUUUCUAAACAAUUCCAAUUAGGACAAACGGAAAUCGUCUUUCUAACUAACCAGGCGCAUGCUCAAGAACCGAUGACGAUAUAUCCAUACUAUAAACAAUGCAAAGACGAAGAGAAUCAACUGUUGAAAUGCGUCCAUGUUCAUAAGUCUAAAAUAACAGGAUCCGUCGAUGAAAAUCAAGAACUAAAUUAUUUUUCAGAAAAACACGACGAAUGUAAUAUUAGUUCAACAGAACAGCCACUUUCAUUUACAAUUUUAAACAACAAAGAGUUAUUCACUAAAGACGUGCAAGAAACACGUAUUGACAUAGAUACAGCAACGCCGGAGACGAAAGAAGAGACGUUUUGGCUGGAGUACAAGGCGAAAGUUAAGGACGUCCUGCUAGAAUUUGCUGGGGAGACAACUGCUCACGGGUACAAGAGGACCACCUCCACGCGACGAGCUGUAAAGUGCAGAAUCCUGUGGGCCUUUGCAAUUCUGUGCGUCGUCGUAUCCCUGAUCAAUAUGCUAGAUCUCGUCCUUCCGGACAUGUACGCGUUCAGCACCAGCAUCCGGUCAGAGCCGGGCCGCAGCGUCCCCUUCCCCGCCGUCACAGUGUGUAACCUGGCGCCAUACGACACGAGCAGGAUAGACGGCACGGCUUUAGAGAACUACACACCGGAGCUGAUGCAUCUCUUCACAAAGGAUUCCAUCUCUUCAGACUCGACCGUCAACACCUCGCGUCAGGUGUCUGACACACUGGAUACAAAAACGUUGAGUGAUUUGAUUGGCUGGGGCCUGGACCGAUUUCUUCUCAAUUGUACCCUGUUCACGAAGUCAGUGAACUGCUCCGAUAUCUUCACGAGGACGAUGUCCGGACCGGAGAGUUGUUUUAGUUUUAAUUUUAACACAGAGAACACUGUGUGCGCUGAACAAAGAGGGAGCUACAGCAGCCUGCAUUUGGUUCUAGAUAUUGGCAGUGUCGUCGACCCAUUCAGCAGUGUAACCCCAGUAGGGGUCAAGGUGAUUCUACACAACUUUACCAUGUUUUGUAACGUUUUCACAUAUUUCUGCUACCGGUGA